AUGAAACAACCAAUCUUGUCUUUUGUCAAAAAGUCACCGAUCGAUGUGAUUGACCUAGCAACACCUUCAUCAUCUGAAGAUAGCGAUUUCAGAAAAAGUAUCAGGUCCUCAAACCGUAAAGCUCCUCGAGUAGUUUAUGAGAAUGGUACAGAUUUGAUAAAAAAUAAAAAUGGCGAAGGAAGUUCAAAAGGUGCAAAUAGCAACAUUGUCGAGCAGUCCAAACAAGAAUCAAGCAAGUCUUCAUCAGAAGGCAAAUCGAAUAAUAAAAAGAAAGAAAGUCCCGUACUUUGUCAUCAUCACAGAGCCGCUUGUCAAGGUAAUGUAGUUCAAUGCACAGUUGUAAGACCCAACGGAAGUCGUUGUCCUAUCCAAUACUGCGAAUCAAGCUUGGAAAAGCAUUACAACCAAAGCUUUGGACAUAUUAGCACAAGAGGUAUUGGCAACAUAUACAGAGAGGGUCUUGAUCAUGUGCUGAAAGAUAAUUACGUGUUUGCUUGUCCUAGCUGCACCGGUACGUGUAAGUGCUACAUGUGCAAAAUGAAGGAGAACGGACAUCCAAAAGAGGCUCUUGGAAAGCGCGAUCGUGAAAACGAAUCACACGACUCUCUCCUGACAAAGUCCAAGGACGCAAAGAAGAAAAAGACAGCAAAAAAGGUUAUGCAGCCUACGAUCUUGAAUGGAUUUGCACGAGCAGUGCAAAGCGAUGGCAGUGUCGCUUACAGACAAGAUGCAAGCUCCUCGACAGACCCACGCACACCUCCUACAAAGAAACGUAAAUUCUUACCAGCCUUGAUUGAGCCGAAAAAGGCUGAGCAACCAAGACUGGAAAAGAUCGAGACGAGAUUGCCUCUGCCAAACGUGAUGGAGCGUAUAUGGAUUUACGAAUCUUUAGUGCGCUUCGAUGCGAUCGACAUGCCGAAAAAGGCGGUUUUGCAGAAGCUUGAUCGCUUUGACGAUUGGUCAGAAUCACAAGUGCAUACGAUGCUCGUCCGAUUAUCAUGCUAUUUAGCAGAAGUCAAGACACUGAAACAAUAUCCUCAGCCAUCGCAUAUGAGAUUUCGACCUCUGAUCAAGGCGUUACAAGAAGCAGACAAGGAUCUUACACGUGGCGAGGCUUGGGAAAAGGCAAAAGAACUCUUGGAACACAAAGAGGUGGAUUUACCAGAAUUGGAAGAUGUUGAGCUGCGCCCUGAUCAAAUGGCUAGCACGGCUGAUGAAUCUUUCUCAUCUGAUGCAGACAAGAGCAUCACACCUACUGAAACAUUGCUGAACAGUCGAGCUACAAGAUCAAGACGGGCCGCCAAUACUGCUGCACGUGAGCGAGUGAAGUAUUUCACCUCGAAUGAUCUGCAUAUUGAUUCAGAUGAUGAAGAGUCAGAGAAAGGAGAUGAUGCGAUGGAUUAUGCAGACGCAUUGAAUGAUGAAGAUGACGAAAAGCCCAUACUGCGAAAGAGUCGUAGAUCUGCUCGAACAGUUCAACAAAAAGAAGAAGAUGAUCAAACACGAUCAGAUCAUCGAAAAGCGCUUGGAUUGCGUGACCGUUCGAAGAGAAACAGUAAUGCAAACGAACCGGUAGAGGAGAAGAAAGCUAAAAUUGACAGUGACAGUGACGAUGACGAAGAUGUGGUCUUUGUAGAGCCAGAGGAGACAAAGCAAGAAAAGACACCUUUACCGCCUUUUGAGCAACGGAUUGCGGUCUUGUCUGGAAUGAUUGAAUUGGUCUUGCAACGUACAGAAAUUCGAGCAGAAGUCGAAGAAGGCGCAAGACUGGUUCGCGAAAGAGCCAAAGAAACAAGAGAUCGCGAGAAAGAAUUACUCAAAAAGCAAGACGAGGAAAUUAAAGAAUUGCGAAAGAAGCAAACAGGAACUCUCAAAACACAAGAAUGGAGAGAGCAAAUGGACGAAAAAUCUCGCGAACACUUGAUUGAAUUGAUCGAUAUUCGUGUUGACCUUCAUGUUUACACUGAUGCAAACAAACCUCGUACGGGUCCUUUGGGUCGCGAUACAGAUGGGAAUGAGUAUUGGCACCUUUCUGAAUUCAAUGAACAAUUCCCCGCGGACACAACAGGUCAUUGGGCUUGGUCUUUGCUUGUGAUGGGCAAGAUGUCAACGAUCCCUACUCAGGCAUUGCGACGUGACUCAACUGAUGCAAUGGUUGAAGAGGACGCAAAGGAUGGUGAAGAGAGUGUUCCUGCUUCUGAUGCACCAGAAAAGCCGGUGAUCUAUGGAACAAAUUAUGCAGAUGAGAUCAAUAAGCUCAUCAAUUUUGUUCGUUACCGUUGCGAGCUGAAAUGUUACGAUGAAGAAAAACAGUUGCGCAAGAAGGAAGAUGACGCAUACAAUACUGUUGAUGAGAACGACCAGAAACGCAUGAUCAAAGCUUGUUCUCGUGAGAGGAAAACAUUGAUGUCCAUGCAUGACGUUCAAAAACGAGAUGUGAAACAAUUGUGCGAACGAUUGAACAACAUCAAAGAAUAUUAUCAAUGGCAUAGAUGGGGGUGA